AUGAUGUUGGAAAGCUCCGCUGUCGUCCUGGCCGUCCUCGCUGGACCGGCCUCCGCCAGCUAUGCCUUCUACGUCGGCAAGGACCUCACCGCCGACGGCAGCGUCAUGGUCGGCGGCACCGGCGAGGAGGUCUCCUCCCACUGGCUGCAGUUGUUCCCCGCCCGCGACCACGCGCCGGACGCCACCAUCACCGUCGGCAUCACCGACAAGGCGAGCAUACCCGGCGAGCUCUUCACCAUCCCCCAGGUCGCCCACACCUACCGGUACCUGUCGAUGGAGUACUCGGACUUUGAGGGCUUCCCGGCGCCCCUCACCAACGGCGGCCUCAACGAGAACGGGGUCGCCGUCCGCGACGUCUGGGCGCAGAACCGCGAGGAGCUGGUCGAGAUGACGCCCACACCCCAGCACGGCAUCCAGUACAGCGACCUCGCACGCAUCGUUAUGGAGCGCGCAAGGACCGCGCGGGAGGGCGUGGAGAUCAUUGGCGACCUGGUGAACCUGUACGGCGAGGCGACGUACGGCGGCAACACCCACCUGGUCGCCGACAAGGACGAGGGCUGGGUGGUGUGGGAGAUGGCCGGCGGCAAGAAGUUGUGGGCGGCCGAGCGCCUCAAGGCCGACGAGGUUCGCGUGCUGUACCCCGGCUACAUUGAGGAUUUCCCCACCGACUUUGCCAACAGCUCGGACUAUAUGGGCUCCGAGAACAUCGUCUCCUUUGCGGUAGAGCAGGGCUGGUGGAACCCCGACGGCGGCGAGCCGUUCAACAUCUUCAAUGCAUACGGCAUGAAGGGCGAGAACGUCACCGCGCGCGACGGCGGCUUCAAGUUCAUGUCCCAGGCCGCCCUGGAGGAUGCCACGCUCAAGAUGGCCCCCCUCACCGAGGAAAAGCUCAUGGAGCGCGUCCGCGACAAGCGCAUCGCCGACGACGAGGCCGGCUACGGGCAGGUCGUGAGCCUCAAGGCCGGGGUCGACCCCGAUCUCCUGCGCAUCUGGAACGCGCCGGCCACAUCCGUCUCCUCGCCGUUCGUGCCGUGGUGGCUCGGCGUCAACGAGGUGCCUCCCGAGUUCGGCGAGCACCGUUACCUCACCACCGGCGCGUCCGGCAGCUUCCUGAACCCCGACUAUCAGCUCCAGGAGGCCAGCGUCUUCGCCGGCCGUAUUUUCAAGCGCGUGCUCUACUACAUGUGCUCCGCCCCCGACAUGUACCUGCCCAUCGUCACGCAGAUGCUCACGGGCUUCGAGAACCAGAGCCGCAGUGACGUCGGCUGGGUCGAGGCGGGCGCCGGCCUCCUCAUCGAGAACGGCGAGCGCGAGGCCGCGCACUCUCUGCUCACGCACUACGCCCACAGCAGGGCCGCCAACGCGCUCGAGCUCGGCAAGACCAUGACGGACGCGCUCGACGGGCACAUCAAGCUGACCGGCCAAUGGCGCAACCCCGUCGGCAGCGACAUCAACGAUGCCGGCGAGGGCGCCGAGACGGUCAACUGCCUGGUCGGUUAUGACCCUGACCGGCCCAUCUGGAAGCAGCCUAAGCGCCCUUCCAAGCGCACAAGCCCGUGGAAGAAGUUGGUCGUUCAGCAUCGUCAGAACUAG